GUUGUGCGCGAGCGAAGCGGAGGAGGGAGUUGGCAUUUGGAAGCCGGCAGCAGCCCAGAGAAGGAGACGAUGAUCCGCGAGAGGAGAAUGAGCCGAAGUCAGCAACUGGGGGAAAAGUUCGCGGGCGAGAAGGGGCCGCGCAGGAAGUUUCGAAUGAAAAAUCGUAUCCUAAUACAUCAUCACACUUGAAAACAGAAAACAUCUUGGCCUUAGCUGAACCAUGAUGGCAGAAUCACUGCCCUUCUCUGUAAGCACUCCAAUGCCCACCUGGGAUCUGGAGGCUUGGUAUGAGGACCUGCAGGAGGUGCUCUCCUUGGAUGUAACCAACAGGACAGACCCCCCUGCAGCAGGACAGGAACAGGAGGAGUUUAAUGACAUUGACAGCACUGCUUUCCUGUGGAACCUGGAAGUGUCAGCUCCCUUGGAGGCUAGUGCAGAUGUGGCAGAUGGAAAUGGUGAGCUGGGCCCUGAUCUCACAGAUGAGCUCCUGGAACUGCUAUGUGAGGGCCCUGCAGGACCAGCCGAGUCAGACUCAAGCCACAGUUCUCCUGCCCAGACUGGUACUGAUGAUGAUGAAGGGGCGUCCACCAGCCGGAAAAGGAAGCGGAGCGGGCAGCCCCAGGGAGGCAAGAGGCAGCGUGGCAGAGAGCGGGAGCAGCAGAAUGAGCGUAGAGUGGCUGAGCUGACAGCCCAUAAUGAGCAUCUUCAGCGGGAAAUUGAGCGGUUGAGUGCGGAGGUGGAAGCUACAAGAGCAGCACUCAUCCAGCGUAUGGUGAGCCUAAAGACUUAAUCCAUCUGGAACACUUCCUGUCAGUACUAAACUGAUGACUGUUUGCUGUGGACCAAAUGGGAAGUUUUGUUCCCAACCUGAGCAUCUCUGACUUUAAACAGCAUGCCAAAAGGAAGGUGGCCAAGUUCCUCUUGAUGCCUGCUGGGCAGUCUGUGGAGCAGCCCCAGCCAAAUAAUGGAACCCCCCCCCCCGCCAUCCCCACUUCCUUUGGAUUAGAACUGCUUAUCCCUACUCUGGCACAGUGAGCUUGCUUUGCAGAACUGAAGCACAAAAGGUGAUCUUGCAGACAGACUGUUCCAAGUUACACAACUGGAGCCUGUGCAGUUUUCAGUGCUCACACUUGCUGCCUCUUCCUUUGCCUUGUAACUGAACUACUCUUAAGUAGCCACUGCCCUCUUGCCAAAAGGGGAAAGAAAAGCACUUCCUGUAUAUAGGGCUAUAUACAAUAGUUUUUGCAUUUACACCUCUAUACUUAAUCAAAUAAAAUAUUUAUUUUGUACCAUGUAACUCAGCAUUUCAAAGACUUUGGAAUUCAUGGUAAUUACAAAAUAGGGAGGGGGGCUAAAGUAGUACAGUGGUGUGAAAACAGGAGAAAGUGCGGCCUCUCCCUUCACCAAAGUUCAGACAGUGACCACUGCUGCAAGUUGAUUCUGAGUCUCUUUGAAAGGAGAUGCUGCACAGCAGCUUGCUUUGUCUUUUUCCCUUUCCCAUCAACCAAGUUGAGCUGCUUCUGGAGUUCUGCUUGCAUCAAGAUGGUGGCAUCUAUCUGUAGUUAUCCUACACAGAGAACAGCUGGUUUAGUCUAUGGUAGCCAUGUACAGGGACCCCUAGCUUAAAGUAUGUAGGAAGCCUGGAGGUAGGCGUUUUUCUUGCAGACGUGGGGCAAAUUAAGUUACCGUACAAAUUAAGUUACUGUACUAACCAUAGAGUUACCCCCUCCCACCCACUGUCCUUUCAGUUUUACUGCUUCCCCCUCUCCAGUAACAAACAAUGCCUCUGAAUAGAUGCUUUUGUCUUGCAGACUGCAUUCUUAAUUUAAAAUGGCAGUCUGUAGGACCCAAAGGAUCAGAAUUAGAACUCCACAAUCACAAAAUUGCAAGUGAAAUUUGACCUUCUGUCAAGUCUGCAGUACGAAUGGCUCCCCCAUCCCUGAAUUUAAAAGGCAAUAUAUUGGUUGCAUGGUCCCUACUCUCCCUUUUUAAAUGAGGCUGUAAAUAAAGCCAUCAACAAAAGGC